AAUUCAAACGGAAGUUGUUCCUGUCAGUGAGAUUAGCCAUUUUCAGCACAACGUUAAUUUACAAACCGUGUUGUUGGUCAUGAAUCCUCUAACGAAGGUAAAGCUGAUAAAUGAGCUGAAUGAGCGCGAAGCCAGCCUCGGGGUCAACGAGUCUGUUUCCUGGCAUAGCGAGUACAAAGACAGCGCCUGGAUCUUUGUUGGAGGGUUUCCAUACGAGCUGACUGAAGGAGACCUGAUCUGUGUCUUCUCUCAGUAUGGAGAAAUCGUCAACAUCAACCUGGUGCGUGACAAGAAAACUGGAAAGUCCAAAGGUUUCUGUUUUAUCUGCUAUGAGGACCAGAGGAGCACCAUCUUGGCUGUGGACAACUUCAAUGGCAUUAAGAUCAAAGGUCGGACGAUUCGCGUUGACCACGUCAAAGACUACCGACCCCCCAAAGAUGGCGAGGACAUCGACGACGUGACCAAGCAUCUGAGGGAGGAGGGCUGUGCUCCCAAAGUCGCCGAGUCCUCCCCCUCCUCUGAGGAUGACGAGCAGUACGCCGUACCUGUGAAGAAGCCCAAGAAAGACAAGAAAGAGAAGAAGAAAAAGAAGAAAGAGAAGAAAAAGGAGAGGAAGAGCAAGGCAUCUUCUUCAUCACCACCUCCUGUUUCAAUUAGAGUCAAAGAGGAGAAAGAGGACGCCGGCUAUGACAAAUACAACCAGAGAGGGCCGCCACCAAAGCCGGGAGGACAGCCCAAUGGACAGGCAACGAGACACAACGAGAGACUGAGAGGGGAGGAAGAGGAGGAGAGGAGGAGGAGAGACGCAGACCGGCAGAGAGAGGAAGAAAGGAGGUGGAGUCACGAGAGGGAGAAUGACAGAAGCAGAGAUAAUGAUAGAAGAAGAGAGACGGAAAGAGACAGAAGAAGAGCCGAUGAUAGAAGAAGAGAGACAGAUCGGGACAGAGAUGACAGGCGAAGGGAGAGAGACAGAGACCACGACAGGAGGAGAUAGACAGGACGGACAGAGUGCAGCAGCAGAAGGACAGACACACUGGACAGAGUAAAAACAUGGCUAAAUACUGGAAGAAAAUCACAGCUGAAAUCAGCACAAAUUAAUAUAUUUUAGUCCAGCUCCAUUCUUAGAUAUUAAUUUGGUAUUUCUUUUCAUUUCAGCUUUUAUUUUUAUGCAUUAUUCCAGCAUUAUUUAUGAAUAAAAAUCCUUCUGUAUCCUGUGUAAGCUGUGGAAACAUUCAGACCAGCACUGGUGUCACUGGUGUCCCCCUGUCACUGCUGGGCUCAUUGCACCACACUGAGUCCUCCUUAAGUUCAGGUUUUGUUUAAACUUUAAGUGAAAAAAUUGAAGUGCACACGUCUGUCUGACAAAACGUCGAUGUUUGUUUUACUGGAAUGAGUUUUAUAAUGAAUAAAUAUUUCUAGUUUU